AACAUUGGCCAACUUGGAAAAUGAUUUGGAACUAGUGUUUUCUCGAGUUCUUAACGCUGCUUUUUCUAUCAAGAAUGAUCCUGAAAGAAGAAACCUACAAAAUAUAUUAAAAUAACAUAGCAAACAACAUCCUUUGCAUCGAUUGGGAAAAAGGGAUGAACAUGAAUCCAUUCAAGAAACUCCAUCUUCUUCAUUCUUUACUCUUAUUCAAUAUCAUAUUAGUUUAUUCUACACCCCAACAUGAUCAUGCAAACAUCUGUGGGAACAUCAAAACUCAAACACCUUUCUUGAACUCCAAUUCUUCAAUACUAGAAAGCAUCACCCUUUGCAUAUCUCAGAAUCUCUACUUGAGAACAUCCCUUGGUCUUUUCCACGUUUCAUCACUUGACUAUAAUGGUGGAUUACUAACACUAACCAUCACUCACUCUUCUUGUUCUUCUCUCCAAUAUGUUUCUCCUCUUGCUGUCACAUCUGGUUUCCCUUCUCCUCCUGAGCCUAACUCACUUGUGCUCUUCAACUGCUCAAGCAGAAGAGACCCCUUUUUACCAAUUAUGCAAAAUUGUAGGGCCUUAUACAAAUGUGGAGGUGCUGAAGAGAACAUGAAACAUCCUUGUUUAGUUGUUGAAGAUCUUCAAAAAGUGAAUAAGGAUUUUCACCCUGAACAGAUGAACUGCUCUCAUUAUAGUUGGGUACAUAGAAGUGCUUCAGAUGGUGGACAUGAUCAAGGAUAUAAGGUGGGAACAAGGAUAUCUGUUGACAUUCCCCGUGUGCCAGAAAUUUGUCAAGGGUGUGAAAAGCCUAAUGGAAACUGUGGUGCUGGUUUGAAUUGUUUAUGCCACCCUAAAGAGUGCAAAGACAAGGUCAUCUCCAAGGGUGGGAUAAAAUCUACUGCUAGUGUUUUUUUCUCUGUGCUCUCUUUCAUUGGUUCUGUUACAGUAGCCUUCUUGAUGCAUCUCUAAGAAAGCUUAGCUAAGAGUUUGAUUGUUACGUAAGAGUACUUGAUGGUUAUACAUAUGUCAUUUGCUAUAUGAAUCUAAGGUGUAUAAUCUUCGAAUCUCGUAUUAAUUGUUACUGGCACAAAACAGUGAUUGAUACUGGUUAGUCCUGCCCAAGAUGGAUGGUAACAAGAGUAUUGAACAUGAACCAUCUAUCUAACGGAUAUCUAAGUAUGCUUAGAUUGAAACUUGAUUAGGAUUGGAAGCUGAAAUGAUCGUUAAGUUUCUGUCACUGCCUCCUUAGAGCAGUGAAGCCAAAAUUUACAUGUUUGGAAUACAUUUUUUUUUUUGUCUUGU